UGAACUCUACCCUACGUAGUGGCACCAAAUGAAUUAGUGGCUUUGUCACCACUUCUGGAAAAUUCAUUAAAAAAAAAUCAUAAUAUCAAUCGACCCAGGAUUUGAAAUUACAGCAGAAAUGUUUUAUCAUAUUUCUUUGGAGCAUGAAAUUUUACUACACCCGAGGUAUUUUGGUCCCAACCUCCUGAACACUGUCAAGCAGAAGCUCUUCACAGAAGUAGAAGGCACCUGCACUGGCAAGUAUGGUUUUGUCAUUGCCGUCACCUCCAUUGACAACAUUGGAGCAGGUGUAAUCCAACCAGGCAGAGGUUUUGUCCUGUAUCCAGUCAAGUACAAGGCCAUAGUGUUCCGUCCAUUUAAAGGGGAAGUGGUGGAUGCUGUGGUCACUCAAGUUAACAAGGUUGGGCUGUUCACAGAAAUUGGUCCCAUGUCCUGCUUCAUUUCUCGACAUUCUAUCCCCUCAGAAAUGGAGUUUGACCCAAACUCCAAUCCUCCCUGUUAUAAAACUGUUGAUGAGGACAUUGUUAUUCAGCAAGAUGAUGAAAUCCGUUUAAAGAUUGUUGGGACAGAGUGGAUAAGAAUGACAUGUAAGUUUUGCCAUUGGAUCGCUCAUGGAUGAUUAUUUGGGUCUUGUGAGUUGAUUUAUUCCAGAGGGAGCCGAUUUCACGUGGGACCUUUUCCUGCAGUAAUUUUGUCAUUGUUUUGUUGAAAUGACUGUUUUUGAUACUGAGGUAUUGUGUGACUUUUAAUCAAGUUCUGUAGCCGUUUUUUUAAUAUAUAUAUAUGUAGAGGAUGUAUAGCUUCAGUUUAUAGUUUAUUUUCCCCCUCAAAAUUUUGAAGCACACAUUGAAAUAAGAUAUUUUUCAGUGGCCACAACAAUGCACACACAGUAAAUGAAAAAUGUUUUAUAAAGAUAAAUCAAUGGAAACUUUUCACAACACAGCAAUAGCUUGUCUGAUUAAAUGCUUGUUUUCUUUAAAAUUAAUUUUUCAUGCUGAACUCUCCAUCAUUAAUUUAUCAUUUUUGACAAUAAAUAAUUUUUUGUUCUUAAA